AUGGAAGGCUUCGAUCUUCCAAUGAGCUUUGGGAAAAAGCCCACCGCGAAGAAGCCCUCAAAGACCUUGGCCAACGUCGCAAAGACUGAGCGUACAGCUGUCAUCGGCCCCGCAUCCGGCCCGUCGAAAGCAGUGCAAGAUGCUGAAGGCGAAACAGUACCGGCCUCGACCGCCGUUAAGAAGCGACCAUUCUCGGAGGUGGCGACGGGUCUGGACGAUCCUGAAGGAUCCCGCUCAAUAAACAAAGAGGAUGCGUUCGAGAGGGGUGCUGGAGCGGGCAGCGGCGAAGACGACGAGGAUGACGAUGAACCCGAGUCGGAUCCAUUUCCUAUCAGUCAUGAGGUGAUCCUGAAGGACCACGAAAAGGUCGUCUCGGCAUUUGCUAUCGACAGUGCUGGAGCAAGAAUUGCAACAGCAUCGCAUGAUUACGAUGUCAAACUAUGGGAUUUCGGAGGAAUGGAUCACCGGAUGAAGCCUUUCAAGUCGUUCGAGCCCGCCGGAAACUACCAGAUCCAUGACGUCGCGUUCUCACCCGACAACCAAAGCCUACUGGUGAUCAACGGGUACACUCAACCUAAACUGUAUACCAGAGAAGGUGAAGACGGCGUGGUGUUCAACAAAGGUGACCCGUACAUUCACGAUAUGCGUCAUACCAAGGGUCACGUAGCUGACAUUACCGCUGGUUGCUGGCACCCUCGACAAUCGGACGAAUUCAUCACGUCAUCAAACGACUCGACCAUUCGCGUAUGGAACACUGCGGAUCGAAUGAAGCAGAAAACGGUCAUCGUCGCCAAGUCGAAAGAGCGGGGAGGCAGAACAAAAGUUACGGCCUGUGCAUAUAGUUUUGACGCCAAAACGAUCGCUGGAGCUUGUGAGGAUGGGACAUUACACCUCUGGGCUACCAAUUCGAACAUGUCGCGACCAUCGACGUCAUGUGAUAACGCUCAUCAGAACUAUACCGAAACCUCCGGCAUCGUGUUCGCCAAGGACGGUCGACAUCUGGCAACAAGAGGUGGAGACGACACAGUUAAGCUUUGGGACACGCGAGCCAUGCGGAGACCUCUAUUCACCGCGACUGAUCUGCCCAACAUCUACCCCGAGACAAACAUCAUCUUCUCACCUGACGAGCGCACUUUGCUGACCGGUGUCGCCGUGAGGAAGGGGGAAGACAAGAAGGGGGAGAUCGUGGUUCUGAACCGAGAAGACCUCAGUGAGAACCGUCGUAUAACUGUCGGCAACGGAAGUGUGGUAAAGGUCGCAUGGCAUAGUCGAAUCAACCAGAUCUUCGCCACCACGUCACUCGGAGCAUGUCACGUCCUCUAUUCGCCUCAUGCCUCCAUUCACGGAGCUCUUCUUCCGCUCAACAAGAUGCCGAGGUCCACUCCGAGGGAUGAGAUUUUCGUCGCCCGAUCCGCACCGGUUAUCAUUACCCCGCACGCGCUCUCUUCGAUGCGCGAUCAAGACUAUCGUCAAAGUAAACGCCAAAAGGAAAAGGCGAGGAACGACCCUGUCAAGAGUCAGAAACCGCAGGAGCCACUGGUUGGAGCUGGAAAAGGAGGUCGAGUCGGGGCCAGUGCUACCCAGCAUGUGGUUCAGUCCAUGUUCAGAAACACCAUGUUGGACGAGGAUCCGCGAGAAGCAUUACUCAAGUAUGCCGACACGACCGGCUCGGACCCAAUCUGGACGGGCGGUAUGUGA